AGCUCUAUAAAAUAACACAUUCAUGUCUCUUAUCUUGGCAACAACCAGCAUCUAUCUUACUUGGAAUUUUAAACUCAAACCUCUCUACCUUACAAGCCACAACAAUGCCAGCCCAGAAACACUCCUCAAAAGAAGAGCAAUAUAAACAAGUUGAUGGGUGUUAGGGCAGUUAGAAAGUCCACAUUAUUGCAACCCAAGUUUCCAAAUCCACACAAUGAGGCACCACAUUCAUUAGUAUAAAAUGCUUUCAAUUUGGGAAGAAGGGUCAGCAUCUAGAGUCCCCCAUAUGGCAAUGGCAACAACAGAGGACACAAACCAUGUUGCUAUCAUCUUUGGGGUCACUGGACUUGUUGGGAGAGAAUUGGCUAAGAGGUUGCUACUCUUGGAACCUUCUUGGAAGGUUUAUGGUAUAGCUAGAAAGCCUGAAACCCCACAAACCCUUAUAAGCCCUUGUUACCAUUUCAUCUCUUGCAAUUUGCUGAACCCUUUGGAGACCCAGAAGAAGCUCUCUGCUUUACAAGAUGUGACUCAUGUGUUCUGGGUCACAUGGGCUAGCCAGUUCCAGUUAGAGACUCAAGAAAGUUGGGACCAGAACAAGGCCAUGAUGUCCAAUGCUUUGAACUCUAUGCUUUCAAUACCUAACAAUCUAAAGCAUGUUUCCCUUCAGACAGGAACUAAGCACUAUGUGUCACUGCAUCCCCCCUUUGAUGAAGAGAAGCUCCAUUGUUACUGCUACCAUGAAGAGUUCCCCAGAAUGAGUAGAUCCCUUAAUUUCUACUAUGCCCUGGAAGAUUUGCUCAUUGAGAAACUCAGUGGUAAGGUGUGUUGGUCUGUGCACAGACCUGGUUUAUUGUUGGGAAGUUCUGUCAGAUCAACUUAUAACUUCAUGGGGAGCUUGUGUGUUUAUGGGGCUAUUUGUAAACAUUUAAGGCUACCCUUUGUGUUUGGGGGCACAAGGAAAUGCUGGGAGGAGGCUUAUAUUGAUGGAUCAGAUGCUAGGCUUGUGGCUGAUCAGCACAUUUGGGCAGCAACAAACAGUGACAUAGUUUCCACCAAUGGCCAAGCCUUCAACUCAAUCAAUGGCUCAACUUUCACUUGGAAAGAGGUUUGGCCUAUUGUUGGGAAGAAAUUGGGGGUGCAGGUUCCACAAGACAUGCUUGUGGAAAACUUUUGGUUCUCAAAAGCCAUGGCUGGGAAGCAGAAAGUUUGGGAAGAGAUUGUGGAAGAAAAUGGGUUGGUUCAUACAACUGUGGAGAAUUUGGCCAACUGGGAGUUUUUAGAUGCAUUGUUUCGUUUACCUUUCAAACUCUUGGGGAGCAGAGACAAAGUUGAUAGACUUGGUUUUGGUGAAAGGUAUAAGACAGUGGAUUCAAUAAUGUAUUGGAUUGAUUGCAUGAAAGAUGAGAAGCUGAUUCCCUAGGCUUCUUGGUGGCUUUGACUUCAACUUUUAAGUUUUUGGUAACAGAAGUUUAUGGAGCACCAGAAUAUGGAGUUUAGUGGCAGGGUUUGGUUUUGCAUGUGAUAGUUGACCAGACCCUUUAUUUCUGCAUAGUUUACUAGUUUAUAUACAGAUGGAAGAUCCGAUUUAAUAAUGUAUAUAACUUAUUUUCUAGAUCAAUGUCCCUUUGUGUCACUUAUGUAUUGAUACAGGUGGAGGAGUUGCUUUGUCUUCAUCCAUUGACAUUAACUAACCCUAUCUUUGGUUUUAGUCUCU